AUGGUUGUGAGACCGCGCCGCCCCACCAGUGUAAGAAGACGAGAGAUCAUAGAGGCUGCGCGUGCUGUCAUAACCGAGCACGGCAUGCAAUCUCUGACGAUUGGCAACCUCGCUCGUACAGUGGGCGUGAGCGAAGGUGCGAUAUACCGCCAUUUUAGUAGCAAGAAGCGCAUCCUGGCGGGCCUGAUAGAAGACAUUGAUCUCAGGCUCAUUGAACGGAUAGACCUCAUAGACGGCGACCCCGACUCAGGGCUGACGAGAUUGGAGCAGGUGCUGCAUCACAAUGUCGCGCCUUCCACGCUGACCGGAGUCUCCUUUUUCGUCAUCGCUGAAGUGCUGAUGAACGGAGACGAUGAACUGCGACAGCUUAUGCAAGCCUCCAUAGACAAGCACCUUACGAUGAUAGAGGCCCAGUUGACGGUCGGCGUUCAGAAGGGCGAGGUCAGCGGGGAUGUUGAUCUCAAAGCCGCGGCCUUGCAGUUCUACGGGCUUAUUCAGGCGGUCAACACGCUGAACCACUUCGGCAGCGAAGAGUUCCCGGUAGGAGACAGCCACAAGCUGUGGCAUAUAUUCAACUGCGGCGUUUCCGGCUUGUAA